AUGUCCAAGUUCGACGCGGCUCCCGAGCACGCCGACCUCAACGCGUCGACGUCCACCUCCAACGAGAAGGCGCCCCAGGCAAAGGUCAACCACCUCGCCCCCGGCAGCCUUGUCGCAAAGAACCACGGCAUCGCCAUGCUCGGCGAGUUUGUCGGCACCACACUCUUCCUUCUCUUCUCUCUCGGCGGUACCUCCGUCGCACUUCAGGCUUCCAACAGCGUCACCGGUGAUGUCAAGGACGGCUCUUCCACUGCCAACACCUCCAACCUCCUCUUCAUUGGUCUCAUGUUCGGCCUUUCGCUCACCGCCAACAUUUGGUGCUUCUUCCGCAUCUCGGGUGGUCUCUUCAACCCCGCCGUCACCUUUGCCUUUGUCCUCAUUGGCGGUAUCACCCCCGUCCGUGGCGCUCUCCUCUUCAUCACCCAGCUCGCUGGUGGCCUCGCUGGCGCAGCCCUCGCCGACGGUCUCACUCCCGGCCCCCUCUACGCUGCCACCACCCUCGGCGGCGGUGCUUCGGUCGCCCGCGGCUUCUGGAUCGAGGUCUUCAUGACCAUCAUGCUUGUCUUCACCAUCCUCAUCGUCGCCGCUGAGAAGCACCGCGGUACCUUUAUGGCUCCCCUCGCCAUCGGCAUCUCGUUCACCAUCUGCGAGAUGUUCUCGGUCUACUACACUGGCGGCUCGCUCAACCCUGCCCGUUCGCUCGGCCCCGCCGUCAUGAACAAGAGCUUCCCCUCGUACCACUGGAUCUACUGGAUUGGUCCUCUUCUUGGUGCCUUCUUCGCCGCCGCCCUCUACAAGGUCUUCAAGUACCUCAACUACCAGACCAACCUCGGCCCCGACUGCGACGGUGACGGCGUUACCUUUGACCACAACAACGACGUCCGCGCCCGCCUCGACCGCAUCGAGACUCUCAUCCUCCGCAACAACAACAUCUCCCAGGUCUAA